UCACAUAAAUGCAGAACAGUUAUAAGACUAUAAGGAGCUAAGUACCGCCUAUGAAGGCACCAAUACGGGCUCAGUUGGAAUCAAGUGCAGUUAUCGAAUACAUGUGAUAGAAUGGUGGAGCGGAAAAAAGCGAUAAAGCAACCCUUGUUGAAAUCCGAACCACAAAAUGAAAAUUGCAACCUUCACCAGAUUGAUUCUCAACUGGGAAUGUUGGGUGUUGUACUGAUGUUACUUUGUGGUACCAUAUCCAGUUAUUUGUACACCAAUCUUCCUAACGCGCUGACACGUGCCAAUUUGGAAAGCCAUCCUGGAGCAUUCAUUGCAGAGCGAGCAUGGGACAAUUUAAAAGUUCUAAAUGAUUUCGGCCCGAAGCCUACUGGAAGUGACGCAAACGAGAUACUAACAGCUAAUUAUUUGAAGCGUGAAAUAGAAAUGAUUCAGGCCAGUAAGCAUCCGAACCAAGUUUUGCUAACCGACCAUCAAGUGGUAACAGGAGGCUAUUCGGUUAAUUACAAGAGUCGGGCAUUGACCAGUUUGUACAGGAAUGUUCAAAAUUUGGUCGUGAAACUAGCAGGUGAGAUUGAUAAUUCCACGAGCCCCACCUUGAUGCUGAACUGCCACUUUGAUACAGUGGCAAGUAGCCCGGGGGCCAGCGAUGAUGGAGCUAGUUGCUGUGUUAUGCUGGAAAUUAUGAGAGUGCUUUCGAGGAGCCCAAAACGCAAUCGACAUUCUAUAAUCUUCUUAUUCAAUGGUGCCGAGGAGACCCCACUGCAGGCAGCACAUGGAUUCAUUACGCAACAUAAGUGGGCCAAACAAGUCACGGCAUUUUUGAACUUGGAGUCAGCCGGGUCUGGCGGAAAGGAAGUUCUCUUUCAAAGUGGUCCCCAACAUCCAUGGAUGAUUGAUGUGUAUGCGCGCUCCAUUAGGCAUCCAUUUGCCCAGACAGUUGCUGAAGAGGUUUUCCAAUUCGGUUUGAUUCCGUCCGAUACCGAUUUCAGAAUAUUUCGAGAUUUUGGAAAUAUACCAGGAAUGGAUUUUGCCCAUGUUGUUGAGGGUUAUCGUUAUCACACAAAGUAUGAUAAUAUGGAUUACUUGUCCCUCCCAGUUCUACAGCGGACGGGUGAUAAUAUUCUGGCCCUAACCAGAGAAAUGGCGAAUAGCGAUGAGCUGGAAAAAGCAUCAUUAGGAAAGAACAAAACUGGAUAUAGCGUAUUUUACGAUUUUAUGGGAUUAUUAUUUGUGUGUUACUCGGCUGAUUCUGCAAUCACUAUUAAUACUUUAGUGGCCAUUCUUGCUAUCAUUGUACCGUAUUAUGGGUUAAGUCGUACGAUGAAGGCAAUUGGAGAAGGAGCCAUAGUGAAGCAAGCGAUUUAUGGAUUCUUGGCCACAGUGAUUGGUAUUGUUGGAAGCAUUCUCACGUGCUUCGUCAUUGGUCGACAGCUGGAUGCUAUGGGCCGAGCGUUAUCUUGGUACUCGACACCAUACUUAGUAUUGGGAUUAUACUGUUGUCCGGCUUUGCUGUGUCAUUGUUUCUCGCAGAUGAUUAUUAACUGGAUGUUUGUCGAUAAAAAGACCGUCCUGAACCUGUCUCAAAUUGUUCAAUCUCGUUUAAUCGGUGUAAGCCUUUUCUGGGCCAUGCUGGUAAUUGGAUUAACAUACGCUGGUAUCCGAACGACGUACAUGUUCAUGGUCAUACUUUUGUUCUCAUUGAUGUCGUCACUAGUCACGACGGCACUGAACUGGCAGAAUACUACACGGAAAUGGCUCCUGGUACAUCUCGCUUUUCAGUCACUUACAAUGCUGUGGGCGACCCAAUACUACCAUAUGUUCAUGAAACUCUUUAUACCGUUAUCCGGACGCUCGGGUGGAUAUAAGAACCCUGAGUUUAUGAUAGGAUCCUUGGCUGCCCUAAGUACGCUAUUCAUCAGCAGCUACAUGGUACCUUUAGUGAGCCUACUGAAAAGAGGGUCUGAGCUCACUUCCAAAUUGACCGUGUUCAUUCUGCUCGCAGUUUUGAUGGCUUGCUUCACUCAAGUUGGAUUUCCCUUUAGAGAUGAUAGCGCACAUUAUCCCACGGUUCAGCGUCACUACGUUACGCAUGUUAUGCGGUCAUACUACGAUGAUCUGGGAAACUCCAGAGGUAAUGAUUCUGGAUACUUAUUCCGUGAAAUGGACCGCCAUUCGUACCGCUUGGUACGUGGAAUUGCAAAUCCAGAGAAGGUUACGGCGAUGCACGAAAUGAACACAUGUGAGACGGAAAUUUUCUGUGCCGUCCCAUUUUACUCCAUGUGGCACCAGAUACAAUUCGAUAAUUACUGGUUGCCUGGACCACCGCCUGUUGCAGAUAAGGUAGUAACUUUGAAAAAGAUCAAACAUGAACAAUUGAACGACUCUGUUCGACGGUUGACUUUCAUUUUGAAGGGAAGCAUCCAAUCUUCCCUAAUCAUUGGAGCAAAGCCUGGGGUGAAACUAGUGAAUUGGAGUUUACUCGAUAAGUUGACUCCCCCAACUGAGUUCAACAACCAAAAAGCGCACUUCGUGUUAAUAACGCAUGGAUUACCCAGUGAUUCGUGGGAAAUCACUAUGGAUUUCGAACACGACGACAAGAAUCAUGAUGGAUUGCUGGCAGAUAUUGCUGUCGUAACAACACAUUGGGAAGCACAUCGCUUGCAUACGCAGCAAUUCACAGACUUGAUAAAUAAGUUCCCUUCGUGGGCGCACGUAGUUCCAUCAGUUGCAGUUAUGAAUAUUUACGUAUUUUAAAUAAAGAAGACAA